ACCUACCUUUAAUGGCCAUGUCCAAGUCAACUAAAAAUUUCAGGUUCCUCGCAGGAUACGUAUUCGACACUCAGCAAGUCAACUCCACGCGUUACAAUCAAAUCCCAGCUGUAGCCAGGGACGCAAGCUCCUCUCGCCACUAUAAAUACUCUUACCAGAGCCGCCUCCUCGAUCAAAAUCACAACAUUCACUCAUCCAAAAAAAAAAGUGCUGAACUUCACCCUCUCCCUAUGGCUUCCAUUUCCCAUUUCACCAUCUUUACUUCACUUCUUGUUUUAUUCUCCGUGCUUCACCCUGGCCUAGCCACCACAAGAAAACUUGCUGCUCUGGUUCAAGAACAGCCUCUCCUGCUUAAGUACCACAACGGCCCACUUCUUAAGGGCAACGUCGCCGUUAAUCUAAUCUGGUAUGGCAAUUUCUCUGCUAGCCAGCGAUCCAUAAUCGUUGACUUUCUCGACUCUCUUAAUUCGGGUAAAGCUCCAUCGCCUUCAGUGUCGUCCUGGUGGGAAACGACAGGGACAUACAAAGGUGGCCCAUGCACCGUUGCCUUGGGCAAUCAGGUCCUUGACGAGAACUACUCUCUUGGAAAAUCACUCAAAAUGAUACAGCUUGUAGCGUUGGCUUCCAAAGCUGGCCACGGGUAUAAUUCAGUCAAUUUGGUGUUUACAUCUGCCGACGUGGCGGUUGAGGGAUUUUGCAUGAGUCGAUGUGGGACACAUGGAUCUGGUAAGGGCAAGACGGGCAAGUUUGCCUACGCCUGGGUGGGUAACUCGUUGAGUCAGUGCCCUGGUCAGUGCGCGUGGCCUUUCCACCAGCCCAUUUACGGACCACAGAACCCUCCUUUGGUCUCUCCAAACGGCGAUGUUGGAAUCGACGGCAUGAUCAUUAAUUUGGCUACGGUUUUGACGGGAACUGUGACGAAUCCGUUUAAUAACGGGUACUUCCAGGGGAGUGCUGAGGCUCCACUAGAGGCAGUGAGCGCGUGCACGGGUAUUUUUGGGAAAGGAGCUUACUCGGGAUAUCCUGGGGAGGUUUUGGUGGACGAAACGACAGGAGCUAGCUACAACGCAUUUGGUAUAAAUGGACGCAAGUAUCUGCUCCCUGCAAUGUGGGACCCGCGAACCUCCACGUGCAAAACCCUCGUGUAAAUAAAAUAAAAAUGUAAAAUGUCAAUAGUCGAAACCAUGAUAAUUUCUAGGUAUGUGCUCAUUUUUUCCCCUGAGAAUAAUAUAUGUAGAUAUGAAUCGAGAA